UUUACACAAGCAAAUAAUAGUGUAAUCGAAUUUUCUGUGCUGCGCAGCAGUUAAAUAAAAUAUAAUACACCGCAGCUGCAGAUAGAAAUCGGACUUAAAAACCAGUGCAAGUUGCAUUCGCCCCAAAUUGAAGGCGCAUUUUCGUGGGGCGUGCAAUGUUUAGGAUCCAUCUGAAAAUGGGUCCGCAACGCAACAACAACAAUGGUGCUGCCGGGAGUAGCAACGGCGGAGGUCGUCACCUGAAGGAGUUCACCUGCUGCUUCGGGCUGCAUGUCCACACGGCCACCUUGAUGAUCGGAUUGUGGCACCUGUUUUUGAACAUCUUAGCAUUGAGCGUUCUGGCAGUUAUAUGGCGCAAUCCCGAGAUGAUGGACGAGCUGGAAGGUGGCACCCACGACUACACUGUGGAUCUGAGUGCACCGGCACUACCCACGCCGCUGAGCAAGGUCGAACCGCCCUACGCCUACCGCGACCACUCCUUCAACUAUCGUAAGCGUUACCAGAACUUUGACAUGGGCGGCUUGGUGUGCACCUGUAUGAUAGCCAUCACGUUGAUGAUGAUCUACGGCACCAUCAAGGGGAAACCUUCGCACCUGUUGCCCUUCUUUUGUUUGCAGUUGUUUGAUUUCGCCAUUACCACUCUCACCGCUGCUGGAUAUCUGUGCUACCUGCAGGCCAUUCACAGCAUCAUUGCCGAGUCGCAUCGCUUACCAUGGCGCGAGAAGCUGCUGGAACUGCCGCCAGAGGAGCUGGUUGUUGUAGUCCUUCUCGUCUUUAUUUGCAUUGUUUUUCUCAAGGCCUACUGCAUUGGUAUCGUUUGGCGCUGCUACAAGUACUUGACCCUGCGUCAACAACACGUUCGCACCCUGUUCCCGUUCCUUGAGCCACCAACUGGAGUCCACAGUGUUGGCGGAACCUUCGGUGCCGAGGAGCGGUCCUACUCCACGCUGCUGCCCAAUUACGAUGAAGCGAUUGCCCAGUACUUGAAGCAGGCACCGCCGCCAUCUUACCAGGUGGCCAUGUCCAACUACGAGGAGGCCGAGGACGCUGCGGCUGAAGGGGCAGAGGUCAAUCCUUCAGUGGCACCCUUGUUUGUGGCCCUCGGGGCAGCCACCACAGCUAACGUCGCCUCCAACACGGAUGACAACAUGGAUAACAACAAUGAUCAGCCGAACAACAACAACACGAUGCAUGUGAACGCCAAUACGCCGCCAAUGCGUCGCAGCGAUGCCGCUGUAAGCGCCAAUGUCGACGAGGAGGAUGACGACCUAGAGGUGAUCGACGCGGGCGUGGAUAUAAUUGGGGGUAUUCCACCUCCUCCGCCCUACAACGACGUUGCCGAUGCCCAGGUGCAGGUGCCAUCGCAGUCGCCGCUGCACCGCCAGCCCAACAUCCCGGGACAAGUAUUUGACGGUCGCGACGAGAGCCAGGCCUAAGUUGUAGCUUGGAUUAGUUUGCUUCUCAUGGCGAGUGGGUUGUGAUCAUUGGUGACCACCCCUCUCCACCUCCUCUUCUUGCCCAGAUGAUCUGGUUUCAUCUAACAGCUAUCAUUCCCAGGCACACAUACACGAUCUAUAAGGUUGCUUCAAUGUAUCUAUCAGUGUUUUUAGAGAAUCGAAGCCCAAACUAGUUUUGCUUUUAGCCGUCGCUCAUUAUUGUUGUUUAACGUACAAUUAAGAUGCUCUAGUUGCUGCUCAUUUAGUAUACAUCACAAGCAAGCAAAACCAAAAACAUUUUGCGAUGCUGGCGAGGAAAGCUUCAAUUCCUUUUCGGCCGCAUCUGACCCGAAAGUAGCUGCAACAAUCUGUUAGAUCGUUUUUCAUUUGGCCCGAAAUAGCCUGAGCAUUUCGGAUAGUCUAGGCCCAAGUAGUUGUUACCAGAGAGUAUCGCUGGCAUAAUAACGAUGUUCUUUGUUUUAAGCUAUCUCGUAAGACUCUAUGCAUAUUGAAUACCGAGUACUGAAUUCAUAGCACAGCAUACAUAAUCCAUAAAUUAUGAUGAUAUUAUCAAUUGUAUUUUACUAUUGCGUAUUAAUACCAGCAAUUGUAUUGUUUUAUGUGUGUACAAUAUCUAAAUGUAUACUGUGUACUAAAUAUGCAGAGAUAUUCGAAUAAAAAUUAGUUUAUAUUUAA